AACCACAGAUUCAGAUACAUAUACUCUGAUACUAGCUGAUCAGUACGCACGACGAACUAGAAUGGCUUUGUUCUCAAGAAGCCUCGUGGCCUGUCUCAGCGUCUGGACUCUCUUCGCGUCCACGGCCAUGGCGGCCACGGGCAUCAACCAGCUCCGUUCCCGCGGCACGGCGAUCGGUGUGUCCCGCCCGCAGCCGGACGUCAACUUCACCGUCGGCGUGGUCGGCGCCGUCUGGUGCAAGAACUGCCGCUACGCCGGCUACGUCCCGUCCAAGAACGUCGCGCCCCUCCCGAACGCGGCGGCGUUACUCCGGUGCCGGCGAGGGAAGCAGGCCAUGUCCAAGUGGGGCACGACGGACGCGCGCGGCUACUUCAUGAUCCAGACGGCGGAGCAGGCGGUGCCGUUCGCGAGCAAGGACUGUGUGGUGUAUGUGCCACGCUCGCCUCGGCGGGGCGCAUGUGGCGUCGCCGUCAUGCCACGCCGCAACAAGGGGUCGCCGCUCAGGUUCAGGGACUAUGUUACGCGACCUGACGGUCUGCAGGCGGUCUACACUGCCGGCAACUUCAUAUUCGGGCCGAGAGACCCCAGAAAGUGCUGAUGAAGCAUUUCCUCCUCCUCCCAGGGCGGCAAUAGUCAACUGUUUUCAGGUGUGGUGUGUAGAGAUUAUCUCAUGUAUUGCCUUUCUGAAUCUAUACCUACUAAUAAAGGAAGGAAGGUUUCUCCCCAUAAUUUUCGUCCGUUUUUGAAUUACCCUCGAAAUUUGCCAAAAUUACACCCCCACUGCCACCGCUAAGUUAGAUACCACUUCGUUUCUUUGUCUUCUCCGUACCAUGGCUCAAGGGGAAGGGGAUGCCUGGCCCAAGUCACGGCGGCCCGGUGGCCGACGAGGCGGCCGCCUCGCAGAGGAGGAGGAGGGCUACGAGCGGAAGGAGCUUCCCGGCCCCGGCGACGAAGAACUCGCGACUAUCCUGCGCCUUCCUCCACCUCCUCGCCGCCUCCGCCUCCCGCCCCUAAUCCUCCGAUGCAGCCGUCCCCAACGAUCCAAUCGGAAAAUCGGCCCUGCCGUCUUCCCCGUCCCCGUCCCCGUCUUCUCCGUCCGCCUCCUCUUCGGUCGCUACCUUCCUCGCAGUGCCCGGCUACUGCUGAGGCCCCAGGAGAUCUUGCUGCAGCUCGCGACAGAAGCAAGCAAGUAGAGAACGGAGACGAUGAGCCAAUGGCCCAGCCGGUGCUUCCCACCCGCUGGUGUGCUGCUUUCUUUCGAUGAAGAUCAGAAUCCAUUGAAAAUGGACAAAAGAUCCAGAUCGGUUCAUAAAACUGAAAAAGUGAGCGGAUUCUUUUAGGCGUUGUUUGAUUAGAGGAUCUUCGGAGUAUUCAAGGGAUUGGCCGCACAGAUUCGUUGCGUUAUUUCCUUAGGAAGCAUAGUUCAUGUUCUUUGCUUCAUGCACCUGAAUUCUUUAAGAUACGGGGCCAUGGCGCCCAUGACUAGCACGAUAUGUCCACCACUUCGUUGAGAGCCCAAUCACUCAAUUCACUGUUUCUAGAUUCAA